UGAAAAUGGCAGCGCCGUCAACAAAUCACAUGAAGCAGGGCACCGGGGUGGGCGUGGCCACUGUAUAGUGCGGUUGCAUCGCAGCGCAUACACAAUGGCUGCCCGAAAGAGGAGAGAGCAAACAAUUUUCAGGCCCGCCGCGUCUGGCAAAAAAUAUGAGAAAAAAAUUAUAAAAAAUUCGGAAAAUAGUUGAAAGUCAAGAAAAAGUCCACAGAAAGGAUGUGGAAGCUCCCAGGGCGCCUUAGUCCAGGCUGGGAUGACAACCUAAAGCUGGACGUCGGAGUUACAUCAGCAUUUUUCGGGCACCCUGCUCUUCAUGUAGCUGGUCUGCUUUAGGGUGCCAUGGCCACUGGAACAGAGAACCGCCAUGACCGUGUUCUGGAGAAAGCCAAGCUUUCACCAACAUCAGGGAAACGCAGGAGAGCAGAAGGGAAACCCAAGAAGAAUUUUCCUUGUCAGGAGUGUCAGAAGGCAUUCAACAGCCUGGAGAAGUUGAGGGUGCACUCAUACUCUCACACAGGGGAAAGGCCGUAUCGCUGCUCCCAUCCGGACUGCACCAAGGCUUUCGUCUCCAAAUACAAGCUGCUACGGCAUAUGGCAACUCACUCACCAGAAAAAAGCCACAAGUGUUCAUACUGUGAAAAAAUGUUUCACCGCAAGGAUCACUUAAAAAAUCACCUGCACACUCAUGAUCCACACAAGGAGGCCUUCACCUGUCAGGAGUGCGGGAAGAGCUACAACACCAAGCUGGGCUUUAAGCGCCACCUGGCCCUCCAUGCUGCAAACAGCGGAGACCUGACCUGCCAAGUGUGCCUGCAGCUGUUCCCCAGCACUGUGGUUCUCCUGGAACACCUCAAAACACACGCUGGCAAGCCAUCUGGAGGGACCAAAGAGAAGAAGCAUUGUUGUGAACAUUGUGAGCGUCAGUUUUACACCCGCAAAGAUGUGCGACGCCACAUGGUGGUGCACACUGGACGCAAGGAUUUCCUCUGUCAGUUCUGUGCACAGCGCUUUGGUAGGAAGGAUCAUCUGACACGCCACAUGAAGAAGAGCCACACCAGGGAGCUGCUGAGGGUAAAAACUGAACCAGCUGAUUCGCUGGAGACAGAUGUUUAUGAUUUGGCUACUGGAAGCAUCAAGGACGAGCUUCCAGCAACACUGACAACAAGAUCACACCAGGUUAACAUGUUCACAAGCUCCGAUCUGGACACACAGCCCUUUUCUUCCCCCAGUAAUCCCUUUUCUUUAAAGUACCCACUGAGCUCCAACUUUACCUCAUACACCAUCACCUCACAUGAGAGGGAGCAGAAUCUAAAGGGAGAACUGGAGACCUAUCUAAUGGAGCUGCAGAACACCAUGCCAUCCUCAUCCUCUGCAUCUGUAGAGCCUCAAAUCCCGUCCUCCAAACUCGAGUUGUUACCUCAUGUAGGUAUGCUGGAGGAAGCAAGCGAGGAGGCAUCCCUUUCCAAAAUUUCCACGCCAGCAGCAGGUCCUGCAGCAGACUCUAUGGCCUCAUCUUCUUCACUUAUGGAUUUCUCCCAACUGUUCAACUUCUUGCCACACAAUGGGCCUCCAUACAAUCACAUAGGAAGUGGAGGGGGCAGCAUAGGACCAGCCAUCACCUUUCCUUCCACUGAAGAAUCUGUUCCUCUACUCCAGCUGCCCCCCCAGAUGCCUGUGGGUGAAGAACCUGCAGAGAACCCUCUCCAAGGACUCCCCUCCUCCUUCAUAUGUAGCCUGAGUACACCCACAACACUACCCCGGUUUCACCAAGCAUUUCAGUGAUGGAGUCUGUCCUGCCUAAAGCAGAUCCCCCACAGCUGAAACAGCCAGACAGGAUUCCAGUAAUUCUAGAUAGUCAGGCCAUUUGUUAAAAAUUGAAGAAACAAUUACAAAGCAGGAGGUGCAUGAUGACCAGGGCCAGCAGUUACAAACAUACACAGCUUUAUAUAUAUCUGGCUUAUUCAACCUUAGCAGAUCUUCACCUUCAUUCCAGAUGAAUUACCCUGUCCUUUAUUUCUGGACAUAUUCUCCUAAAGUCUUUUUCUGUCAUAUUUUCUAAGCUGCUCCAAAGACAGAAAUUACUUAAAUAUCUAUGAGCUUCAAUGUUCCUCUUUAAUAGCUUGAUAGAAAGUUUCACUUAGCUUCAUGCUGAUUUAAUGCUUGUUGCAAUAAGCAACUAAUUGUGAUAUGGAUAUAGUGAUAUAGAUAUAGUGAUAUAGAUAUAGUGAUAUAGAUAGCUCAUCUUUAACCUACACUGCCACAUUGUUGAAGAGUUUUUAUCUGGGAUAUUUUCUCUAACUGCAGUAGUUCACAGUUUACUUAGAACUUAAUAAUCAUUCCUAACUCUUUAUGGAAACAGACCCCUGCUUUAGCUUCAUACGUUGCCAUAAAGUAGAGUGCUACUUUAGAUUUUAGUGUUGCCAUAUUUUUAAAGCACACCUCUGUAGUUUUUGCAAUAAUUCAAACGAAUCAUUUUAACUGGGAAAACAUCUCCUAAUAUGCAAACUGUUUUGUUCAUGAAAUAGGUUGUAGACAUGACAGAAUGCAAUAAAAGGACACACUUUACACAAUCUGAAUCACUGAAAGCAAAUGACCAAGCUAGAACUACUGAGUAUCUAUUUAACUUCCCAACAAUAAGCAAAGUCCACAAAAUAAUAUAAUUGAAACUAAUAAAAUAUUGAGCUAAAAGUGAUCCAGCAACAAGGUUUGUGAGAGUCAGCACUCAGUGAUUAGCAGUGAUAGGAUCUUUCUUCAGUUAAUCACCCAACUAGAGGACCAAACUAUCUGUGGGCAAGGUACAACUGACUUACUUAAAAUCAUUUUUUGGCCAAAUACCCAAACUAACAGCUGUUUCUCAUAAAACUAAUUGAAACAAUUUAAAUAACUCAACAAAACGAAUGGUUUCUCCACACAAAAUGCCACUUUUGAUGUAAAUGACCCUUACAUUCACAGGGGUCAGGGACCAAAACCCCCAGGAAGUGGCUAAAAUCUGCAAAUACUUGAGACCCUCUCUAAAAAUGUUUAUAACUGCCUUACAAUUUUUAAUAGUUUAAAUACCAGUUACACCUUAAUAUACAGUAAUAAACACAAUGGAAACUGUCUUAUCACCACUGUAGAACUAACAUCCUCUGUCUUCCUUGUUUCUACUCUGGCAUCUGGCAUCAUCAAGGAAAAUGAAUGGUGCCCCUUGAUUGGCUCCUUUACAAAUGCCAGUAUGUCUUGUUAUAUUGCACAUUUCAGAUUCAUAAGCUGUAUUUUCUUUAAAAUCUUUUUUUUUAAAUAUGCUCUAUGAAAAGAUUUGCAAAUAAGCAAAUUUUUCAAACGGUAUUUGGAGUAACGUUAACAGAAAAAUACAUGAAUAGGUGAAUCCUGCAACUAGGCAGGGGUCUACUGUAUUAUUUACUAUAGCAUAUUAGCAAAGAGAAUUUUCAAUCUGAAGCCUGUAUACUUGAUUGCAUUGCUAAAAUCUGUGAUAAUGACAUUGAUUAUGACUAAGUCCAAAUUUUCUGCUUUUGUUUGUUUGUUUCUUUGCCAUUUCAUAUUCCCAACAGUUCUCAGUGAGCUUUGCAUCCGCUACUAAAAAUCUAGAACCUCCAUGGACAUUAAGGACAAAGUCUAUCCUUCAGGUCGAAUAUGGUAUCUACAUGCAAAGAGUGAGUAUAUGAUACCUACAACUGAGAGAUGCUUGAUUUAAGCAGUCUUUUGCAAUAUUGCUCACAGAGGACCCCUGUUGAUUCAACAUUCAGUUUAUGGAGACAGAUUUGUCUGUGAACCAUGUAACUCUAAAUGAUUUGCAAAUAGUUUUGGACAGCAUAUCAACAUUUCUAAAGAAAAUUUGGCUUGACAAAGCAAAAAAUUUGUAAGUACAGCUCUCCUUCACAUGCUGUUGGCUGGUGGUUGCAAAACAGCCAAUCCAGGAGCUUCAUCAAUUUUCCUUGGCAAUGAUUGGCUGUAACCCCAAGAGUAGAGGUAGGGAAGACUGGGCACAGCAGCUGCUGUGUUAAUGCUAAGACAGUUUCCACUGUGUGUAUUAAUCUAUAUUAAGGUAUAAUUAUUGUCUUAAUGAUUAAAAUAGGCAGAUAUGGGGGUUUUAGGAGAGUUCUUAAUUAUUUGUAGAUUUUAGCUAUUCACAGUUGAUUACAAUCCCUAACCUUGGUGUAUGCUGGGGGUCCACUGCACAUUGAUGUUCCAACAAAGAUGGCAGUUCCAUAUAUUGUAUUGGUAUAUAAAGAACUUUAUUUACCAAUUAAAACUAAAGUUAUAAAGUCGACAUAAGUUUGGAGCACUUCCCAUUUAAUACAGAGGCUUCAGUUCUAUAAAUAAUGCCUCCUCCAAGAGUUUCUUUAAUAGAAGAAAACACUAAAACAUGGUUAUAGCUGAGAUGUUCAUCUGCUGCCCUGCAAAUGAACGUCACAUGUGUGACGUGUGAUUCACAUGUCACUCAAAACCACCUUGUGAUCCACCAAACCCAAAAAUGGCACUUUUACCAGCACAGAUCAGGCAUAACUUUAUGAUCACCGUCUUUAAAUAUCUGAUUAAACAUCCCAUCAGAGCUGAUUUUUAUGCUGUUAUUACAACAUUAGUAUAUUAAUAUAUAAUGAUGUUUGAAACAUAAUUAGAAUAUUUAUAGUCAUGACUUGUAAGUUUCCUCUACAAUAAACAAUAGUUCUAUCUCUUGCCUUCUAUUAAAGUAAAAUCUGCUGUCUGUUUAGACUUUGUUCAGGUCUUAGUAAUAUGAAAGUUGUUGUGAUCUUCCUGAAAGUCUUUACCCAAUGAAUCAUUACCCAUUCUCUUGAACUUAUCUGCUGUGGCCCCCGGAAGUCUAAAAAGUUUGAUUUUUAUGCAGGAAUGAAGGGAUAGGGUUCAACUACUGACAAAGCAUGUGAACAGAGACGUAAUAUGUCAAAGCACCACCACAAGCCAGGGCAAUGGGGAAAGUAGUCUUGGCAGGGUUUGGCAACACCCCUCUCACUCUGUCAGUUGAACAAUAAUCAUACAGCAUAACAAAAGUUCCAUGCAGAUAUUAAUUAUCAUUAUAAUCAGUAAGUAUUUUUGGGAAAACACAGAAGGGACAUAAAAAGAGUGCCUUUGAGUUGAGACAUCCAUCAUAAUUCCUAUAUUUUUAAUUUAAGCCUGUUUUCUACAUCUUUAUAUGGAAAUCAUAUUCUCUUAUUAACUGACAGUCAGAUUGUAAAUUACAUUUAACACUGAUGCUUCAUUUCAACAUGCCAUUAGCAACUCUCAUCCCUUCUGCUAUGUUGCGUCAAUGAAUGAAUGCCUGUAUUGUUAUUGGGCCAAAGCAGUACAGCACAAUCCAGAAAUGCGACUCAAUAUGACAUUCAUGCUACAAUAAACACAGAAGUUAAUAAAAAUAAGUUUAAAUAUAUAUACUGUCCUUACAUCUAGUGUUGCUGUUUAUGCAGAGUUGGGUUCUGCUGAGCUGGGAUCCCAGCUUUCUGGGACACACUUUGGUUCUGUCCUGAUUCUUCUAGAGUCGAGGUAAUUUGUAUGGAAAAAAAUGUCUAAAGAUGAAAACUUCUUUAGAAAACUUAAAGCAUGGAAGGAGAUUUUAAUGUUCAGAUUCAGUCUUUAACAAGUCAAAGUGAGACCCAACCUGUUGAGGUUAAACAUCUGUCAGCUGCUGUUUCUUUUUUUGAGAUUAGGAAUAACUUUAGAUGUGUGAAGUCCACAUUAAAAAACAGAAUAAUAUAAAAUGUAUAGUUUUGCUAAUUUGCAAUUCAAGUCCCAAGAUGAGCCUUUGAGCCUUUCACAACCAGUCCUAGUUCCAAUCCCUAAAUUUCUUGAAGUGGAACUAAUAAUUGCCUUGCAUUCAAAUUUAUCAUGCCAAAACUGCCAAAGUCACAGAUUUGGGAGUAGAAAAUACCACACGUUCUUAACCCAGACAGCAGUAAGAUUUUUUUGGACCCAUAUAAAUAUGGAAUGACUGUGGAUCAAUCAGGAGAGUAUGUGUCUUUUAUUUUGAAGGUUGAAAGUUACACUCCAACUUCUUCCUGUCUCAUGUUGAUGUAUCCUUGAGCUAGCCACUUAACCAAACGUUACCUACCAAUUUGUGUAUUGGUGUAUGAACGUCAGCGUUUGGGAGCAGUUGAUAUCAAAAAUCAGUCCAUUUAAAGUUUCUCAUGGCAAAGAUCUACUUUCUAAGGAUCCUGAUCUUGAUAACUGUUUCAUUUUCUGACGUUUUCUAUCUGUUCUGCUUUCCCAUAUUGUUUUGUCAUUAGAAACUAUGUGCUGUUGAUAUCCAUCAGCAUAUACGUUGGUCGCCAGGAGCUGCUGCUUUCACCGUCAGGUUACAGGUGAAGAACUCUCUCUUUUCCACUAGCUGUGGAAUCAUUUAAAAGUUCAAAAAAUAAGCAGACAUGAUUUGUGUGAGAGUGGUGAAAAAGACAGUUGUUCUUGUAUUGAUGCAUGAAUGAUGUUUUCUGACAAAUAUCUGGGGUAGCUGAGACUCUCUGUUGGAAAUAAAACCAUCUGAACAGGGAAUGGAGAUCAGGGUUCCCUCACUAAAUUGUUGUGUGGUUGAUCUGGAAAAACACCUGGUUUGGCUGACGUGUGCUUUCUGUUGAAAUGCGCAGAACUGACAUUUCAUUAGUGUCCAUCAUGGUGUUCUUUACCUCACAGCUUCAGUAUUCAAAUCAUGAACUCCAGUUUCUGUUUAACAUUAAGUUCCCUUGUAUUCCUUCCUGAAUAAGGUUUUUGUAGACCAUGUAAAAUAUAAAGUUGAAUGUUACUGUGUCAAAGCAUUUAUCAGUGUGUGCUACCUGUAUUUUGUGAAAAUUUGAUGAAAAAUGUUUUUGAUAAUUGCAGCACUUUGUGUUCAUGAAAUGCCUUUAAUCUUCCAGUGCUUUUGGUUUAAAUGCUUAAUACAAAUGUAAAAUGAUAUAUUUACCUCUUUUAGAGAACAGUAAAAUGUAAAUACAUUAUAAAUGUUUUAUUUUUACAGUUUAACGUGUUGACAGUGUUUUUCCGAUAAAAGUGUACUUUUUGCUUUACUUGCACACAGUCUGUAUGCAGUUUGAAACGCAUACAUUUUAGUUGAAGUUAAUUAUUCAUACGCUCUUAUAGGCGAAGCCACGUCAAACAGGAUUUAAUGAACAUUUUAACACCCAAAUAUAUCUUGCUCCAACAUGUUUUAAUUCAAACUAAUGAUGCUUAAAAGGUCUAUACAACCUGAGACAAACAGUACAUUCAAUGUUGCAUUGUCCUCAUUCAUCCAACAUUUCAAACAAUCAUCUCCUGAAUGAUCUUAUCAGAGUUCUGUGUUAUUAUUAGAGAAGUAUUUUCACAGAACUAUUUAAGUUUAAUUGGUGUCCAUAAGAGUUUUCAUCAGACUGGGAUCUGGACAGGGGUUUAGCUACUUCAACAGCCUCAUUUUAUCCUUUUUCUGUUAUUCUGUUGUAGAUAUGAAUUGUCUUUUUGGAUGAGCUACUUGGGCCAAGCUUCAACUGGAGGACAGAUGGCCUUAACUCUGUCUUGAGAAUACAUUGUGAAUGGUACAGAGCAGGGCUGCACGGUGGAGCAGCUGGUAGCCCUGUUGCCUUGCAUCAAAAAGAUCCUGGCUUUUCCCUGUGCAUCUAUCAGUUUUCUCCAGGUAUCUUGGCUUCCUUCCAUAGUCCAAAAACAUGACUGCAUUGUUAAUUAGUCUCUGUAAAAUUGCCCUUAGAGAUGAGUGUGUGUGCAUGGUUGUUUGCUCUGUGAUGGCCUAUCUCCCCACAGUGUACUCUGCCUCCCACCCAAUAACUGAAGAUAAGUAGCCUAUCUGUUGGGUAUAGGAGACGAUGGCUGGAUGGUGCCGAGCUGUUCAGGGUAAACUUAAAUGAGCUCAAUGUAUCCAGAACCUCUGGCUGUAAAAUCAGGAUAAACCAUCACUUCCAUGCUCAACAGUGUAUAUGAAGAGUUAAUGCAGAACAUUUUAGCCAAAUAACUGUAGUAGCAUUCAAAAGAAAUUUCUCAAGCUGGUUUGUUUGGAAUCUAAAUUUGAAAAGCUUGGUAACGUGUGAGAUGUAGCUGUUGAAUGUUGUGACCUCGAGGUAAAUUCUGAUCCAUGUUGUAUGUUAUUGCCGUUGUAUUGACACAAAUAUGUGCUACAGAGCAACUAACUGCCAACUGUUUUUCUGAUGUAAAUACUGUGAUGCAAGCAAUGAGGGUGAACUUCAUUUUUAACACCCGCCUUCUGCGUUUUGCUUUGGUUUUUGGUAAAUAAAUCAAUUGUGUCAGAUGAAUUUGUUAUUUGUCACUCGAGGUUGUAUUCGUUUUAAGACUUGGUUUGAACCAGAUGAUUUAGGUAUGGUCUAUCAGCAUCCUUUGAAUUAAGGAAGGGUAUACUUACUUUUUCUGACACAAUUUCCGAGAUUGUGACAACAGAUUUGUUUGGUUUUGUUUUUAUAAAUGUGUUAAUAGAUGAACCCAAAUAUUUAACAGUAUAAAUUGUAUGUUAUCUAGAAUCCAAGGAUUUUAAUGAGAUGGUUGAAGAAAACAUAAAAACAAACAAAAGGCCUUACUGAUUUUGUGAAAUAGUUAAAACUCUCAAGCUAUGUUCAAUCUUCCUUCUGAAAAAAAAAAAUCUUUCUCUGGUGAUGUGGAGACAAAAGGCCACCAGUAAAAGGCAGACUGUAGGUCAUUUAGUGUCAGAUGAAUUUAUAAGCUCCAGCAGUACCAGUGAUCUAUAUUGAAUGUGUAUGUAAGAAACACUGCAAUACUGCAAAAAUAUUAUGGUAUUGGAACAAGCUGCUAUAAUAUGUCUAAAGCUCCUUAAGGUGCUACAGACCUCUUUCUCUUAAAUGUAUUGUUUGUACAUGUAUCCAGCUUAGCUGAAAAGCUGCCAUGUGUGCCUGCUUCUACCUUAUAUAGAUAUUUUUGUUGUACUGUGAGUCUUUGUCCAUCCAUUCAGACAUGCUUGUAAUUACAUGGUCCCAGUAUACCGCUGCAUACACCACCACCAUAUGUAAAGACGUUGAAAGAAACAGAAGAAAGAUGGGAAUAUGCAGAGUAUGUGCUGAUCCUCAAACGUUUUUGCAUGCUGUUCAAAGUUGAAGGAGUUGAGAGAUAAACUUCAUCAGACGUGUUGGGUUUGCUGCUUGUUCUGUUUCAGCAUUUUCACCCACAUUGUCGAUAGCAAGUCAGAGCACAAUCUCUACAAGUUGAUAUACAUUUUCCAUUUUCCCAAACUACUGUCAUAUUUUAAACAUAUAGGCAAAAUAAAUCAUACAUAUAAGUACAAAUACAUAUGUGUUUAUAGAUGGUGAAAAAUCAAUGCUGCAGCUUUUAUCAACUGUUUUUUUCCUUCUUUAUCUUUUUAAACAUUGUCAUUAUCCAAAGAAAGUUUAUUUAUUGGUUGGCAAAAUAACCAGACUUCAUUCAAAUACAAUGCUGCUAUGAAAGAGGAGAGCUGCAUUUGUCAACUCUCAUGUUUUUACUCAGUGUAAUGAAAGUUCAAUAAAGUCAAGGAAAAGAA